AUGAAUUCGGAAGAACCAGUCGAUUUCUGCCCCUACCGGCAGAACCUUGAUUGGAACCAUGUCCAAACCCAAGAUUUCUCCAACAUCCAGUAUUUCCAACCUUCAGAUUCAGAGCUGGAAAAUGACGGCGACGUAUAUGCCAAUGGCGUGACGUAUCCUUCACAACCUGCACAAGCCAGCAGCGGCAGUAAAAAGAGCAAGAAGAAGGCAAAGAAGGACAAGAAGGCAGCACAGUACACCUAUGAAGAGCCAUCGGCUGUCGCCCCUGAGCUUCCCACGCCUGGACCGCCUCAAGACAACGGUAUAGCCGAAGACGAGUGGCCGACACAAUCCUCAAAAAAGGACAAGAAGAAGAAGAAGAAGGGCAAAAAGGAGGAAAUUGCUGCACCUCCGCCACCUCCGCCUCCGCCACCCGUAGAAGCCGAGCCCGAACCGGAACCUGAGCUUGAACCCGAGCUUGACCCUGAGCCCGAGCCCGAGCCUACGCCUGAACCGAUAAAAGAGAAACAGAUCGUUGCAGAGGAGGCACCCGUGUCUCCGACGAAGACGAAGGAAUCUUCCAAAAAGGACAAGGAAAAGGACAAGAAGAAAGAAAAGAAGAAGAAAAAGAAGGGCAAGGGCGGAAAAGACGCCGAACCAGAGCCGGUCGAGAGCUCAAGAUCGAUCCCCCCUCCGCCGCCACCACCCCCGGUAGAGGACGCCAAACCGCCAAAGAUGGAGGAAGCUCCAGCUCCGCCUCCGGAGACCAUCAUUGAGGCGAAGGAGGAGCCGCCGGCCGUCGAAGCUGAACUUGAGGCGGCUGCUAACCGAAGCCUGGAUGACGCCAAAGUCGAUGACACGGUAGCGACGGAAAUAUCGCCAGACGCUGCUGAGGCCAUUGCAGAGGCAACGGAGUCGGCUGUUGUAGAUCCAGCUCCCGCCGAAUCUCCUGUUGAAGCUUCUGUUGAAGCUGCAACAGAAGACAGCCAAGACAACGCAGCCGAUACACCAGCAGAAGUGGCCCCCGAGGCAACAGAGGCUACACCUGAAGCUUCCACUGAGGAGGUUGCAGCUGAAGAGCCCACAACAGUUCAAGCAGAGCCUAUUGCAGCGGAACCUCAGACCGAAGACACACCACCUGCCGAAGCUGUUCCCGAGGCUACUGAGGCACAGGCUGAAGCCGAAGCUGACAAGGAAGCGGACAGCAAGCCUGGAGACGCAACUCCUGCCGAUGCACCUGCUGAUGCAGUCCCCGAAACAACCGCAGAGACGCCAGCAGAGGAAAAGUCCGAAGAGUCCGCACCUAUACUAGAGGAUGCUGCACCUGUUACCGAUGAAGUCAAGCCCGAGGAGUCCACAGUCUCGGAGUCGACCCCUAACGCGCCCGCUGAUGCAGAGCCUGAGACUGUUGCACCAGCAGAGGAGCCCGCCAGUGAGCCUUCAGCUGAGCCUGUAUCGGAAGAGACUGCACCUGUUGCGGAUGUUGCGGCUGAUGCCACAGUCGAAGCUGAGUCGGGAGACGCUGCUCCCGUCGAGGAGAAAGCAGCUGAUGAGGCCGCUGUCGAGUUAAAACCUGACGAUUCUGCGCCAGCUCCGGAAGAGACUGCCGCUGCUGAAGAGCCAGCUACUGAGACUUCAGCUGAAGAUAAGCCGAAGGACGCUGCUCCUGCGGAUGAGCCCGUCACCGAGACUUCAGAAGAGCCAAAACCAGAGGAUGCUGCCCCUGCGGAGCCUGCGGCCGAAGCUUCCGUUGACGCCGAGCCUGCUGCAGAUGUCGCAGAGGAGGCUAAUUCGGAUGACGCUGCCGCUGCUGAUGGGCCUGCUACCGAUGCUCCUGCCGAUACUCCUGCAGAUGCUCCGAUUGAUGCCCCGGUUGACACCACAGCUGAAGAAUCCGCGCCUGCGGAAGAACCUGCUGCUGCCGAUGCCAAGCCUGAGGACCCCGCCCCCGAGGAGGCACAUGUAGAGGCUUCGCCUGAGGAGUCCCCUGCUCCUGCUGCCCCUGCGGCCGAAGAAACUUCCGAGGCCAAAACUGAGGAUGCUCCUUCUUCCGAAGAACCGGCUGCCGAACCCGUUGCCGGCGGAGCAUCUGAUGAAUCAGCUCCAGUUGGCCCCUCAGCCGAGCCUUCGGUUGAGGCAGUGGAAGAAACGACCUCCGAGGAGCCAAUGCCGGAAGAAGCAUCGACGGAGGCAACUACUUCGACGGAGGCCAGUGCUGAGACGGAGGAAUCUUCAGUUCCUUCCGAGGUCGCCAAAGAGGCUGAAACAGCCGAGCCUGGACCGGCUGAGAUUGAUGCCGCUGAUGCUCCGGCUGAAGUGGCCGCCGAAACUCCGGCAGCUGAAGAAGCAGUGUCAUCAGAAGAGGUCCCGGUUGAAGCUGCGGCUGAGACGCCAGUUGUGGAGGAUGCAGCCGAAGCCGCAGUCGUCGGGGCAGAUGCUCCCGCGGAUGAUGCUGUGAAGCCCGAAGAAUCUGAACCAGUACCCGCUGCCUCAGACGAAGCACCAGUACCUGAUGCUCCGGCUGACACCCCCAAACCUGCAGAGGUUGCGACUGAGACACCUGAUGCUCCAGCUGAAGCAGCUGAAAGCGAAGAAUCUUCCCCGGCUGAGACGGCCGACGUCAAGGAAGACGCAGCACCUGCUGUAGCCGAACCUGCGGCUAUCCCAGAAGAUGCAACAACCACUGAUUCAGAUGCUGAAGGGCCCAAGUCUGACGACACCACCGUGGAGGCAGAACCAACAGCACCACAAGAAGAGACUGCCUCGACUAGCGAAGAUGCGCCAGUUUCUGUUGGUGCUGAUGAAAAGUCCGUUGAGCCAGCCACUGCGACCGAGCCGGCCGAAGAGCAGCCUGCUGCUGCAGACAAGGAAGCCGACUCGGCAAUUCAGCCGGCAGAGACCGAGGCCGAGCCUCCGGUCGCUGAGGCGGUCGAGGCACCAGUCGAAGCAGACGCUGAUCCUGCGGGCGCUCCUGAGCCUGUCGUCGAGACAGCAAAGGCUGACGAUGCCGAGCCUUCGACGGAGGUUGCAGAGAGCGCUCAACCUGAACCCCCCAAUAAAUCAGAGCCCGAGGCCGCGGAUGAUGCCCCGCCCGAUGCUCCGGAGACGGUCGAGACAGCUGCCGAAGAGACAAAAGAGCCUGAGUCAGAACCUGUGCAGGAGGAGGAAUCUCCUGCUCCCAAGGAAGAGGACGGCCCUCCUGCAGAACCUGAGGGGGAGGCUCCCAAGGACGAAGAAGAUGGCGUUGCAAGCGUUGAACCAGAGGCUUCUGAGCCAGUCGAGGCUGAAGGUGAUGCCCCUAAAGAGGCAGCAGUGGAAGCUGCGGCAGAUGAUGCUGCCGUAGAUGAGCCUGCCGCGGUUCCUGAGGUUGAAGCUACGGAGAAGCCUGCUGCGGAAGCUGCAACAGAGGUUGAGGCUCCUAUUGACGCGGCCCCUGAAGACGCUUCUGAGAGCACUGCUGAGGUCGUUCCCGAGACUUCUCCUGAGGCUGCUUCCGAAGUCACUCCCGAGGUUGCUCCGGAGGCUGCUCCGGAGGCCGAAACCGAGGCAGCGACAGCUGCAGUUGAAGCUGAUGCUACCAAGGACGCCGAAACUGAGGCUUUUGUUGAGCCUAACACUGCUCCUGAGACUACACCAGUGGAAGCUGAGCCAGCUGCAGCCGAGCCAGAGGCACCGAAAGAGGACGAAGCUGCCGCCACACCAGAGGAUAGCCCAGCGGACGCUCCAGAAGCCCCUAAGGAAGCCGAUAUCGAGACCGCAGACGCUGCUGUCGCCGAUGCAUCUGGGGAUGCCGCCGCCACGGACGACGCAGUUGUCUCAACUGAAGGUAUGGACGGAUACGAAAUCAUCAGCGACGGCAAAGAAUUUAGUUUCACCGUGGACAUUCUCUCCCCAGGGACCAAGGAUACUAAAGAAGAAACAGAACCUGCCGCUGAAGACGAAGCCACGCCCGAAGAUGCCAAAACCGAAGAGGCAAUUUCCGAUCCCGCCCCGGAGGAGCCGAUUACCGCCGUUGCCGAAGUGGAGACCGAGCCAAAAGCUCCCGAGGAGACCCCAGCCGAACCGCCCGCCGAUCCUGCUGAGCCCGAAACCAAUCCUGAGGAGCCCAAAGCCGAAGCUGCCGAGACGGAAACCGUACCUGAGCCCGAGACCACCGCGGAGACUGCAGUUGUGAAGCUAGAGGCACCUGCCGCUGCUGAGGAUCCCAAGCCGGAGCCCGCGGCUAAGGCAGAACCGGAGUCGACUCCCGAGACUAACGACGAAGUCCCAUGUGCGGACCCGGACCCGGAUGCCAAGGAGCUCGAACCGGAGACGACUCCAGAUGCACAAGAACCUGAGCCGCCAACUGUGGAAGCUCCAGAGCCCGAGGCCGAGGCCGCCACCGAGACCUCUGCUCCUGCCCCUGAAGAACCUGUUCCGGAGACGGCUGCAGAGACGGCCGAAGAUGCUGGUGAGGCGCCUCCUGAUGCUGAUGCUGCUGCUGCUGCUGCUGCUGCUGCUACUCCCGAAUCUGAGGUUCAACCUGAAGACUCCGCCGCGGCUGAGGUCGCGGAGCCUGCGCCCGAAGCAGCUGCUCCCGCGGAUGACAACGAACCAGCCGCCAAGGUCGAGGGUGAUGCUGAGAUUAAGGAUCCUGAGCCUGAAGCGCCAGCAGCAGAGCCUGAAGGGGAGACGGCACCAGCUGAGGCAGCGUCUGAGGCCGAGGAGACCAAGGAGCCCGAAGCAGAAGCUGUCCCUGAAGCUUCUUCUGAGGCGAAGGAGGUCGAUCCUGCUGCUGAGCCUAUCCCCGAAGCUGAACCCGCUGCUGAAGCUGAACCCGCUGCUGAAGCAGAUCCUGCCGCCAAAUCUAAAGACGAGCCCGAGGCCGACGUGCCCGCUGUUGCUGAGCUAGAGGAGGCAGCGCCUGUUCCGGAGACUGUGGCCGAUGAAGUCAAAGAGCCUGCCGCUGAGCCUGCUACCGAGCCUGCGGCGGAAUCCGCUGCGGAAGCUGAGCCAUCUUCUGAUGUAAAAGAGGCAGAAUCCGAGACUGAUGCUGUGACUGAAGCAGACGUCAAGGAACCUGAGGGUGAGGCUGCGGCUGAGCCUGAUGCCGCUCCUGCGACUGAGGCUGUUUCUGAGGUUGAGGUCGCUGCUGAGCCCGCCGCUGCUCCUGAAGCAGAGGCUGCUCCUGAAGCGGAAGCGGCUAUCGAAACUCAAGAGCCCGCACCUGAACUUCCUGCUGAGGCAGUGGCUGAGGAACUCGAGUCUGCCCCUGCUCCCCCUGCCGAAGAAGCUGAAGCAACUGAAGCUGAGGUCGAAGUGGCAGAAGCCAAAGAAGCAGAGCCCGCGGCUGAGGCGGAACCUACUACAGAGGCGGAGCCUGCUGCAGACGCCGUUGAUCCUGCUCCUGCUCCUGAGUCAAAUGAGUCUGAACCUGAAUCGGAACCCACUCCGGCCGAUGCUGCUCCGGCUGAAGAAGCUGCUGAUGUUACGGACGCGGUUCCAGAGCCGGAGGCGCCAGCAGCGACCGAAGAGGCCAAAGAACCCGAAACCGCUGCUGUAGAAGUUGCCGCAGCUGAAGUCAACGAUCCUCAGCCCCAGACCGAGGUUGUCGAGGAGGCGAAGGAUGCCGCCGCUGAGCCGCCUGCCGUCCCAAUCGAGGCCGCUCCUGAAACCGAAGAGGCUCAACCCAAUCCGCCCGCUGCGGUGGAGGAACCUGCCGAGGCGGAGCCUGAACCGGUGUCUGAGCCAGCUGCGGAAGAGACAAAGGAGCCUGAACUCGCCGAAGCUCUCGCGGAGGCGAAUCACGCUGCCGCAGUUGAGGAAACGCCAGCACCGGAAGCUGAGCCUGCUCAGGAGGCCGAGGCCCCCGAUGGAGAUGCCGCGGCUGAACCGGUUGAAGAGCCUACGCCUGCUGAGGAACCUGCAUCGACAGAAGAUCCUGCACCUGCGCCUGCGCCUGUUGAGUCAGAGGCAACAGUUGAGCCAGAAGCGCCCGCUGAACCAGAAGCGUCCGCUGAACCAGAAGCGUCCGCUGAGCCAGAGAAGCUUGAUGAACCAGCAGCUGUUGAAGCUUCUGCCCCGGCCGAAGAGUCUGCACCAGCGGAAGAACCCGUAUCAACUGAGGAACCAGCGGUGGCUGAGGAGCCUGCUCCCGCUGAAGAACCUGCACCUGUUGAUACAGAAGCGCCCGCGGAGCCGGAAGCUGCUGCAGAAGCUGCUGUUGAAGAAUCUGCGCCAGUUGAGGAGCCUGUUCCCGCUGAACCAGAGGCUCCGGCUGAGCCAGAAGCACCAGCUGAGCCAGAGGAGCCUGCUGAAGCAGCUGUUGAGUCUGCUGCAGUUGAAGAUGCGGCUGCUGCUGAACCGGACCCAUCAGUCGAAGAACCUGCCCCUGCCGAGCCAGAGCCACCUGUCGAGGCAGAUGUCGAGGCACCCGCAACGGCUGAAACAGAAGACCACACUGCAGAAAUCGCAGCGGCUGCAGUGGCGGCGGCGGCAGUAGCCACGGGAGCGGCGGUGGCGGUGGCAGCAGAUGGUGAACAGACGCGGUCUUUGGAUGCUGAGGAAAGCAAGGAUAGGGUGGGACCAAUUGCCUCUGAUGCGAGAGAGGCAGAGAAAUCAGGUGAGAAUUCCCCUCCUUCUCCUAAUCCCGAUUCCCCCGAUGGAGAGGCACGGGAAGGACGGGAUGGCCAAGAUCCCGAGGACGUCGAACCGGAACCCGUCGCGGAGCCUGCCGAAAACAACGCCCCGGAGCCGGAAUCCAUGGAACCCGUCGACGAGAACGAGAAAGUGAUGCCUGCCGAAACUGCCGAAGGAGACGCCCCGGAAGAGCCAAUUGCCGAGGUUCAGGAGAGCCAAGAUGCGGUCGGCGAAGAGCCUGCUGUUGAGGAAGCUGCCCUACCACCCUCGGACGAGCUACCAUCUGCCACUGAUGAAGCGUCACCACCAUCUGUUGAGGAGCCUUCUGUCGAAGAGACCGAAUCACCAGAUCAAGACAAUGCUGAAGUCGCCGCAGACGAAACGUCCACUGAGCAGCCUUUGGAGGAACCAGCCCUCGAAGACACCACUGUCGAGGCUGAACCCACUGAAGCAGCAUCGGACGAACCAGCUCCCGCAGAAGAGACAGCUCCAGCCGAACCUGCUUCCGACGAGACCAUCUUAACUGAGUCUCCGCUAGAGGAGGCAGUCGCUGAGGAACCUACUCCAGAAGAAGCUUCACCCGAAGAGCCUGUAGCUACAGUAGAAGAAUUGGCCGUGGAGGAGCCGCCUCUUGAGGAGGCUCCUGCAUCUGAGACUGCUCCCGAGACAAUAGCAGAGGAGCCCGAGCAAGUCGAAGAUACAUCCACAGAGAUCGCCGCCGCUUCCGAAGAGGUUCCAGCAGAUGCAGUGCCCGAGGAGCCAGCGGCUGAGGAAGCUCCACCAGAAGAGCCAGACCAAGCACCAGAGACUCCAGCUGAAUCUGCACCCGAAGAGGCCAUCUUAGAGGAGUCCGUCGCUGAGCCUGCACCAGAAGUCGUCUCCGAAGAGCCCACCAUGGAGGAUGCCUCUCCUGAAGAGUCGACACCUGAUUCUGCACCAGCAGAGCCUGCCCCCGAGGAGGCGACUCUGGGUGAAGCUACUCCAGAAGCCGCGCCAGAAGACUCCCCAGCAGCCGAGAUACCUCCUGAGGACGCCGUUUCUGAGGAGCCUUCUCCAGAGGGGCCUGCCUCUGAAGCGACUUCUCCCGAAGAAGCCGUUCCUGAGGAAGCCGUCCCCGAAGAGGUCGCCUCCGCAGAGCCUGAUCCCGAAGUAGCUGCUCCUGAAGAAGUCAUUGCCGAGCCCGAAGAAAUCACUCCUGAGUCUACUCCUGAGGAGCUUACCCCUGAAGAGCCCACUCCCGAAGCUGCGCCUGAGGAGGCAGUCGCCGAGGAACCUACUCCAGAAGAAGCUGUUCCCGAAGAGCCUGCUCCCGAAGUUGCUGCUCUUGAUGAAGCCGUCUCUGAAGAACCUGUCUCCGAGGAGCCUUCUCCUGAGGCGGAGAAUGCCGCGCCUAUAGAGGUUGAGGACGCACCCGAAGAUACACCGGCAGCCUCCGAAGAACCCGCCUCAGAAGCUCCCGUCAACCCCGAUGACACUCCUGAAGACGCCCCUGCAGAAGAACCUGCAGAGCCCGACGCAACUGAGGAGGCAUCAACUCUAGAGGCGAACGCCAAUGGACCCGAAGAAACAGUACAGACACCGGAUGACAACGCGGAGCCUGAUGAUAGCGACGAGACAAUUGAUAAGGACGCACUCAUUGCUGGAGCCGCCGUCGCUGGUGUUGCUGCUGCAGCUGGCUCGUUUGCUGCCAAUGCUAUCAAAGACUCAGACGACGAAGCUACGGCUAGAGAAGCACCCGGUCCCGCUGCAGCAGACGCAAUGUCACGUCGCAGCUCAUCGGACAAAUUGACGCAGACUUUGGAUAAUAUAUCGGCCCUGGACACAAUCACCAUGGCGGACCAAAAGGACUCGGACGUGGACGCCAACUUCAGCCCCGUGCAGCGAGACGGAUUCUCGGACUGCGGAACGCAAACCGAUGGCUCAGUAUGGAGCCUCCGGCCCUCGACUCCCGCCGUGGUUCUCCCUGAGCUUUCCAUGUCACCGGCCGCCAAGGAUAGGGCGAGGGCUCUCAGACGGCAGCGCAAGGUUUCCAUCAAGCAAGCGGAGGAACUCAUCGCGGCUGCUGUGGUCAUCUACGCCACAGCCGAAACUCUUCGUCCACCCAUGAGCCCAUCAUCUCAGAGCAGCUCGCAACUCAUCAAGGCAAUGCCCAGCUGGGAGAAAAUGGACAUCAAACCGAAAAAGGCCUUUUUCUGGAGGGUUCUACCAGGCCUUCUUUCCAGACGCAGGAGUACUACCACUACGGGAGCGGAUAAAACUAGCAGGCUUGAUACUAACUACUUUACAGAGAAGAAGGAAGCAGAGCGCGAGAGGCACCGACGACGACGCCAUUCCUCAACCCAUCAUCCUUCAUCAUUCUCAAGCCGUAGCCGAGGCGAAGACGACAGCAGAGACCACGAGAGUAGCAGACGCCACUCGCACACAUCACAUCACUCAAGUCGACGAAACCGAACUGACAGCGAGCGAUCUCUCCGAUCCGGCGAAUCCGUGCCUCGAACUCCGCCAGGCCCUAUCAAGAGACAAGACAGCGGUUUCGAAGAGAGCCCCCAUCCUCAUUCCCAGUCCCGUCAUCGCAGCGAACGUAGCGAGCGGAGUGGGCGAAGCGAACGGAGCGAGAAGACCGAGAAAAGUGAGAGAAGUCACCACCACCACCACCGCAGUGAGCGUACGCCUGAGGAGCAGGCUGCCCAUGAUCGACGCAAAGAGGAGCGGCGACUCCGGGAGAAAGAGCGCGAACGCGAUGCCGAUCGUGACAGACCGAAAGACAGGCACCGCGAAAAGGAGCGCGAGCGCGAACUCCAACGUGAGGUCAACCGCGAGAACGAGGAAAGAGAGCGUUCGCGUCGCAAGGGCAAGGAGCCCGAGACUAUCGCCAAACCUGAGGAUACGCCCGAGCGCAGUCAUCACCGCUCUCGUCGCCACAGCACGUCAGAGCAUCAGCGCCCGCACCGCACCCUCAGCAAGAGAGAAUCCAUGGAGCCUGCGCCAGAGAAGCCCCGGCGAUUCUUCAGCGUCAGAGGCGAAGGUACGACCGGGUCCAAGUUUCCUCCCCAGGACCCCCCGGCGCCAGCCACGCCAAAGGACGACAUGCCAAUGGAUGACAAUGCAGGACGACAAGAGUCUACUCCCACACGCGACACUCCCAAGCGAUCGAGCACAACGCGGGACAAGCACAGGCACAGAGACAGAUCCGAAGGCGGAGGCGGUGCCAAACUGCAAAAGGUUCGCGACGAGGUCGCCGAAGAAGCUCGCAGAGACGCUCGCAGGGCUGCGGAGAAGGCCGAACGGGCUGCCGCAAAAGCAGCUGAAAGGGCCGAAAGGCAUGAGAGAACCGAGAGGGGCGAGAGGGUUGAUAGACUCGAGAGACCCGAGAGAUCCGAGAGACCUGAGAGGGCUGAGAGAGCUGAGACAGCCGACAAGCCGAGAUCAAAGCACUCGGACGACUCUCGGCGCCGCGCUCGUGUGGAAGACAGGAGGAGGGAGGACGACAAGGCUAAAGAGAAGGAGAAGUCAAAAGGGAUCAAGGGCGUGUUCAAGCGUCUCUUCAACUAA